AUGGGCGGAGUGUGGGCUCUGCAGCCGGAGCAGGGGCAGGCGUACGACUGGCUCGAGACCAACACGCCUCGGCAAUUGUUUGCCUACCCCGGAUUUCCCCUGACGAAAGAUGACGCCGAAGGUGACAAGAGCAGCAGACCGAGCGCCUACAUCACAGCGCAGACGGCUCAACGGUACUACGCCAGGUUCGCAAAGGAGAUGCGCCUCAACGACAGCGAAGGUGGAGGCCGACUGGCAAAACUUGAGCUUAGCACCCGCGUAGUCAAGCUGCGGAGAUGUAGUGAAGGACAGAGUGGCAGCGACGCCAGUGGCGGAGGUCGCAAUAUCCUUGAAGAUUGCCGAUGGUGCCUGGAGACCGAGCACGGUGCCGUGCAUCACUACCACCGAGUCGUCUUAGCUUUGGGCGCCUUCAGCACUCCAUCGAUGCCACCCGUGCUCAGCGAGCUGCAAAGCACAGGAGUCCGAGUCCUGCAUUCUAGCCAGCUUGCCCAGGCAUCAUCCUGCGAGCUCCUGGAGAAAGCACACCGAGUUAUCGUCGUGGGGAGCGGCAAGAGUGCUCUCGAUGUGGUAGCCAAAGCAGGACAAAGCAAAGAGUUGCUGCUGAUCGGAGGCGCGAUGGAUGUGUGGCCGCUUCCGAGCGGGACCUGGCCAGCCUGGACAUCUCGAUUGCCCCUCAUCAGCCGCCUCAGCCCCUGGUCAGGAUCCCCUCGACAGAGCUACAGCGAGACAAUGAUGCGCUUCUUUUGGGGUCAGAUGGCAAAGUCUUCCUUCGUCCUGCAGGAUACAGAGAGCAAGGGCGUGGGAGAUGACGGCGAGAGAGGGUGGGAGCAGAUCAUGCGGUCUUCGGCCAGGAUCUUUCCCUCACCUCGAGAGCUGGAGAACACUACGUGCCGCAUGGUACACGCCAGAUGCGGCGCGUUCGCCGAGCUCGGGAGGGGCAAGUACGCCCUGCUAGGUACCAGGUCAUGUCAGCAGGAAGAAGAGAUCAUCACCGAGGUCGAUCAGGAGAAAGAUGUGAUUGUGGCAUGUACAGGCUACUCGCGCGCAGACGUGGCGAUGCGCGAGUUGCUGGGCGCUCAUUUGGCCGACGAGCUGGGCUUGGGAGGACAGGGCGAUAGAGAAUGGACGCUGGCUCUCAACGAAGCGCUGGAAGAGGCUAGGCGCUGCGUCCCCAUCCUCUCUCACUUGCACCACUUCUCUCCCUUGCAAGAGACCAUUCGUCUCUACAGGCACAUGGUCCCCCUGGAUUAUUCCAAGCGCGACUUUGCUGUUCUCGGCCUUCCGCAGACCCUCAGCGCAGCCAUCGUGGCGGAGGUACAGGCCCGCUGGCUAGAAGCCUAUUUCCAAGGUCGCAUGCCGCAACGAGACAGUAGCCGAGAAGAUAUUGUCAAGAGCACCGCCAGCAUGGUCGCUGCUUCUCUGGCACGCUAUGGCACUGGAGACGCCAGGAUGGGGACCAACAUGUCUCUCGAGCUGGCCUGUCCGGCGCCCAAAGAGGCUGCCAUCCGAGACGCACUGAAGCAAGUCCACGCGGACGUUUCCAACCGCUACUACGGCUGUGGCUCACCUUUCCCCGCGCCUGUCGAUUGUCUCAGGGGCAGAACUGUCCUGGAUCUGGGCUGCGGCACGGGCCGUGACUGCUUUGUGCUGUCGCAGCUCGUUGGCGAGCGAGGACGUGUCAUUGGCAUAGACGCCACGCGAGAGCAGCUUGACGUCGGCCGGGCCGCCCUGGCGUGGCACAAGGGCAGACAUCCUACCUCGUCGCCAAUCGAGUUCCACGAGGGCGACAUUUCCGAUCUUCACUCCCUUGUUUCCUCAGAUAGCGUCGACUUCGUCGUGUCCAACUGUGUUCUCAAUCUUGCAGAGGACAAGAAGAGCGUCUUUGCCGAGAUCGCCAGGGUACUGAGGCCGAGUGGCGAGCUCCACUUUGCCGACGUGUUUGUCGACCGACGACUGGACACGGCGCUCAAGGAAGAUCCGGUGCUGCUCGGCGAGUGCCUGGCGGGGGCCCACUACCAGCAAGAUCUGUCCGCCAUGAUGCACGAGCUCGGCUUCGGCGAGAUGCAGGUGCUGAAUCGGAAAUCCAUCGAGGUGGCCGAUGGUCACAUCCGAGCGCAGCUGGGCCCGGCCAACUUUGAAUCGCUGACAGUCAAAGUCAAGCUGGGCGUCUGA